AAUGGAAAUAAGUGGAAAAGUGUAGUAUGACUGAUUAUUUAAAUCACUAGACCAUUGUAAAAUUUUGUGAAUUUUUUUUUCUUCCUCCCUCCACAUUGCUAGAAUAAAUACCAGACUUGUACUUUAGGCUGUCUUCAUGGUGAAAGAUGUUUGGAAAAUAAGCUGUUAUUCAGUUUCAUUUCAUUGGUGCCUGUUUCGUGAAUCAGGAGAACAAGAUAGUGGGUAUUGGCUACAAUGGCAUGCCCAGUGGUUGUGACGAUGACCUGCUGCCCUGGUCUCGCAGUGCUGAUAACAAGCUGGACACCAAAUACCCCUAUGUGUGCCAUGCAGAGCUGAACGCCAUUAUGAAUAAGAACUCGGCAGAUGUCAAGGGUUGCACCAUGUAUGUAGCGCUCUUCCCCUGUAACGAGUGCGCCAAACUCAUUAUUCAAGCAGGUAUAAAGGAUGUGAUCUGUUUGUCAGACAAAUACCAUGACACUCUAGAAAUGACUGCCUCCAGACAGCUGCUUAACUUAGCAGGCAUCACGUACAAUUCUUACUGGCCCGAAUGAUUGUACAAUCAAGGCUGUAACGGAGCUCGACCCUCAGUUGUGUGGGUGUAUGUGUGACCUAAAGCCUCAAAAAGCUUCUGUGAACCUUCGGAAAAAGACGCUUGGGGAAGAAUGAGUAAGCACCGUGUUAAAGUCUGCAUAUGCCUCAUACUCCAUAGGAAAAUUAAACCAUAUCAAAACACAAAAUACAUCUGGAAGAAUUUGAGCAACCAAACAAUUUAUAGUCCCCAUUGACUUCCAUAAUACAGAAAAAAUAAACUACGGAAGUCAGUGGGGAAAAGCAACUCUUCGGAUACCCACAUUCUUCAAAAUGUUGUCUUUUGUGUUCAGCAGAAGAAAGAAAGUGUUAAUGGUUUGGAACAACUUGAGGGUGAGUAAAUGAUUACAGAAUUUUCAUUUUUGGGUGAACCCCUUUAAGUUGACAGUAGCAUAAUAAACCUGCUGCUGCUUGCGUCAUUAAUGUUUAUCAAACAAAAAAUAGAAAAACAAAUUCAUUCACUAGUCUUAACUGAGUAACUUUUGUAUCUAUCUUUAAUAAGAAUCUAUUUGCAAUUUGUUUAUUACAGUGAAUAAUAUGAGUUUUAUUUUAUAUUUGAUUAUUUCUGUAGUAUUUCUGACUAUGUGUUAAAUUAAUUAAAGGGGUCACGAACUGAGAAAUCAAAAUUCCCUUGAUGUCUUGUUAGUCUAAAAACAGCUUAUAUUGAAGCCAAUCUGCUAAAACGAUAGGUUCUGGAAUGCCACUUUAUGACGUAAUGGUGUGGCUAAACCCCGCCUCCGCAGAAGAUGAUCAACGCCUGCUUCUACAUCACUGCCUGUUUAGCCCUGCCCACCGAUUCCACACAUGGUAGGUAAAUAACGAGAGAGGCAAACGCAGGACUACACAGAAACCAAACGAUAAAGAUGACUUUCUCAAAUCAUGAAAUAAGAUUUUGGUCAUGUUGCCCACCCCAUAUCAUGUUAGGGGUCAGCAUAAAGUCCAAGAGCACUGGGACUAAAAGAGCAAAAUGUAAACACAAACAUUUAACAGCCUUAGACACAUAUAAUGUGAAUUAAGAAGUCCUUCACUUUUUUUUUUUCUUUUCUAAUGAGAUACAAGGUUAACUGACAAGUUUGCAGUCCAAACACGGUCCUCUUUAUGUUAGAGAGAGCCAGCGGGAUCCACAGCAAGAGCGGACAGGAUGGAAAUCUCAUCUCCCCAGUUGUAUGCACACACUAUGUAUAGAUGCAUGGUAAAUAAACUCUGAAGCCUUUCAUCAGAGUCAGAUCAAAUAGGACUGGGGGACAUGAGCCUGAGGAGACAAAAGGAGUAGAUCCGCCUGAAGAUGAAAAUCAGGAAAUCCUUGAAGAUACUUUCAUGCCUCUUGCCUGUCUUUGAGGGUAGCAGGGUUAAUUCCCCUUCUGCCACUUUUUGAAGGUUGUUCUCCAAUACUUCCAGCAAUACUGUGAAUUUGGCCUGCUGGAUCUCUGCAUUUUCAUAGCUUCAGCACUUUGAUUGCAGAGCUAUAGGAUAUUUUAAUGAAACUCACAUUAAAAUCCAUUUUGCACCAUCACAAUGUCAGAUUUUUUUGACCCAAUGUCCAGAUAGUUCAUCACUGUACAACUGUGAAAGCAUCUGGACAUUUAACAAUCCUACUACUAUGCUUUGCUUAUAUCAUUUUUCAUAUGGACCAUAUACUUCACAAAUCGUAUUUAUACAUUUA